CAGUGCCCGGAGCCCCUGGCAACGCGGUGGCUUUAGAAAGCUGAGGGGGAGAGAGUGUGGAGUCAGCCCGCGGUGGAGGGAGCACCUGUGCCUGAGAAUGAGAAGGCUCUCGAGAUGGAUGGACACCCCACCCUCUGAAGAACCCUUAGAGACGCCAAGCAAAACCCUGGAAAACCAGGAAGAGGAGAUGGGGUUUAAGGAAAUGGAUGGCCUGAGGGAGGCCUUGGCCAACCUCCGGGGUCUGUCCGAGGAGGAGAAGAGCGAGAAGGCGAUGCUUCGCUCCCGCAUCCACGAGCAGUCCCAGCUCAUCUGCAUCCUGAAGCGGAGGUCCGACGAGGCCCUGGAGCGCUGCCAGAUCCUGGAGCUGCUCAACACGGAGCUGGAGGAGAAGGGGGUGCUGGAGGCCGAGAAGCUGCAGGCCAAGAGCGAGCAUGCCCGGAAGCUGGAGGAUCGCUUCAUGACCCUGGCAGCCAACCACGAGGAGAUGAUCCGCUUCAAGGACCAGUACAAGAGCGAGAACGCCAAGCUGCGAGAGGAGAAUGAGAGGCUGAGGCUGGAGAACGACAACCUCUUCAGCCAGGCUCUGAAGGACCAGGAGGCCCAAGUCCUGCAGCUCACCGCCGGGAGCGAGGCCCUGGCCAAGGAGCUGGAGGCUCUGAAACAGAGGUGUGCCCAGGAUGCCUGCCGGGCACAGGCCCGAGAGGAGGAGCUGCUGGAGCUGCAGAGCCAGCAGGCAAGCGCCCACACCAAGGAGACAGAGCAGCUGCGCAGCCAGCUGCAGAGCCUCAAGCAGCAGCACCAGCAGGCCGUGGAGCAGAUGGCCAAGGCCGAGCAGGCGCACAGCGGCCUGAGCCAGGAGCUGCAGGCCAGGCUGCAGAUGGUCACGCGGGAGAAGGAGGAGCUGCUCCAGCUCUCCAUGGACAGGGGCAAAGUGCUUCAGAGCAAGCAAGCGGAGAUCCGCCAGCUGGAGGAGAAGUUGGAGGCAGCGGAGGUGGCCAGGCGACAAGCGCUGGAGCGGUUCGAGCUAGAGGCCGUGGCUGUGGACAGUAACUUGAGAGUCCGGGAACUCCAGCGCAGGAUAGAUGGGAUCCAGAAGGCCUACGAGGAGCUCAGGCUGCAGUCCGAAGCCUUCAAAAAGCACAGCCUGGAUCUUUUAAGCAAGGAGAAAGAACUCAAUGCCAAACUCCGCCAUCUCUUUCCAUAAGGAAGCGUCCGCUUCCUCUCGCCUCCAAUUUAGAAUUCAAAUAUGUGCGCCUUGGCAAGAGUCAAGAUGUUUUUCAAUUUGUUAUAUUUUUAAGCACAAAAGGCAACUCAAAAGAAAAGCUACUUUACUAUGAUACUGUUAACUUUGUAAGACUAACACUGAUUUUCAUUCCUGCCACUUAGAAUACACGAUUUGCCAGA